GCCGGAGCCGGAGCGAGUGUCGGUGUCUCGGCCGCCGGGAGCUGAGGCCAUCCCCGGGGCCCACAGCCCCACACCCCCCACCCACAGCCCGGACAGCGGCCUAGUCCCGGCCCAGGCCUCGGCCUCGUCUCGAUACGGCACCCGACCCCGGACACUGAGGUUCCCACAUGCCAUGACAUGCAUGUGCUGCAGUUAUGAGGCUGCCAAGCUCCGGGCAUUCCGGCUGUGAUUACUCGCCACAGCCACACCUAUUCCGGAGUCCAGCAUGAAUGAAGUGCAGAACUGGGAGCGUGGAAAGGAAUGAGCAAUGACUCAGAGCUUGCUGCAAGGGAAGAGAUUCUAUUGUCGGGAAUGGGCCUUGCACAAGUUGCAGCGCAGCCUGGACUGCAGUGUGGGCAGCCGGAGCACCGGGGUCCUGGUGACUGGGGGCCCAGGCAGUGGUAAGACCGCCCUGUGCACUGAGGUGCUGUGGCCAGUAUCUGAGCAUGGCCAGAAGUUCGACCUAUCGGUCAGGACUGUGGGCCAUCACUUCUGCCAGGCUCAGGAUGUCCAGACGUUGUCGGUCAGUGGCUUUGUCCUGAGUCUGGUGGAGCAGAUUGAGAGAAGCUCUUCAAUACCCAGUUACAGCGAGAGACUGCGGGAGGUUUCAUUGCAGGCAUUACUGGAACCCAGUGAGUGUGCGAAAAACCCUGAUGAAACCUUCAAAAGGUAA